UCGCCCGCUCACCGUCCGCCGCCCGCUCCGCGCCCGCCACAGGCUCUGCGCCCGCACGCCCGCUCCGUCGCCCGCUCCGCGGCGGCUUAGCCCGGACGUCCACAGCCCCAGGUUGCUGGGCGGCGGCGCCGUGCCGGGGCGAGUCAGUCAGCUUGCGGCGGGCGCCGGGGGCGUGCGGGCUCCAAGGGCGCCUCUGCUCCGGGCACUGCGGGGCUGCGGGCUCCGCGCCCCGGGAGGAGGGCGCGUGGCCGCCAGUGCGGACGCCCCAGCCGGCCGCGAUCGCGGGGUUUCCAAGCCAGGAGAGGAGGGUUGGUGGAGCUCUGGGAUGGGGAAGAUGGUGACACCCAGGCAGAAGCUACAACCUCAGGGCCCCGUGGCUGCCGGAGAUAAGUGAUGGCGCCAUUUGAACGCCUGCUGGAAAUGGUGCAGAAAUAGUAGCCCCAGGAGAGCACCGGCAGGUACUGGGAGCUGGGAUGCCAGGAUGACGCCUCCGGGGGCCCCAGCCUCCCUCCUGCUUGGGCGCUAGGAGCCGUCCCCAGGCCCCAGCCGGGAGCCCAGCUGCCCAGGGGCAUGGCCAAACCUUUCUUCCGACUCCAGAAGUUUCUCCGCAGAACGCAGUUCCUGCUCUUCUUCCUCACGGCCGCCUACUUGAUGACCGGCAGCCUGCUGCUCCUGCAGCGGGUCCGAGUGGCCCUCCCACAGGGCCCCCGGGCGCCCGGCACCCUGCAGGCCUUGCCCGUGGCCACCGUGGCGCUGGGCGUGGGCCUGCUAGACAGCAGAGACUUGCGUGACCCCCGUGUCAGCCCGGACCCGCUGCUCGACGUGGAUGCGCUGCGGAGCCCCCUGGCUCGGUUGCCCGCGGGACCCCUGCGCUGGCCCCGGAGGAACCGCAACUCGGAGCUGCGUCAGCUGCGGCGCCGCUGGUUCCACCACCAGGGGUCGCCCACCCUGGGCCCUGAGGCCCCUAGGCCAGCCGCCCUCAGCCGAGGUGGCCUUGGAGGCUCCUGGCUUGGAAGAGAGCCAGACCCUUCGGCAGACAUCGAAGAAGGAACCUACCUUGGCUGCUUCCGUGACGAAGGCCAGGAGAGAACUCUGAAGGGGGUGGUGUUUUAUGACUUGAGGAAGAUGACUGUCACCCACUGCCAGGACGCAUGUGCUGAGCGGUCCUAUGUCUAUGCAGGCUUGGAGGCUGGUGCAGACUGCUACUGUGGGAACCGCCUGCCAGCCCUGCGUGUCGCGCCAAAGGAGUGUAACCAGGAGUGCAAGGGGGAGAAGGGCACCGUGUGCGGGGCUGUGGACCGGCUCUCUGUGUACCGCGUGGAUGCACUGCUGUCCAGCUCCAGGAAGCGGCGGACUGCCACCUACCGAGGGUGCUUCCGACUGCCAGAGAACAUCACAUAUACCUUCCCCACCUCCCUGGUGGAGGCCAAUGUGACUGUGGAGACGUGCUCUGGAUUUUGUUCUCAGAAAGAGUUCCCCUUGGCUGUCCUCCGGGGCUGGGAAUGCUACUGUGCUUACCCCACCUCAGAGUUCAAUCUGCGGGACGCUGUGGACAGCUCGCUGUGUGGCCAGGUCCCCAAGGCUCAGAGGCUGGCGGGUUACUGCGAGGUCUACCAAACACCUGUGCAAGAUACUCGGUGCACAGACAGGAGGUUCCUGCCCAACAAAUCCAAGGUGUUCGUGGCUUUGUCGAGCUUCCCAGGAGCUGGGAACACAUGGGCGAGGCACCUGAUCGAGCACGCCACUGGCUUCUAUACAGGGAGCUACUACUUUGACGGGACCCUCUACAACAAAGGGUUCAAGGGUGAGAAGGACCAUUGGCGUAGCCGGCGUACCAUCUGUGUGAAGACCCAUGAGAGUGGAAAGAGGGAGAUUGAGAUGUUUGACUCAGCCAUCCUGCUAAUCCGAAAUCCCUACAGGUCCCUGGUGGCCGAAUUUAACAGGAAAUGUGCUGGGCACCUGGGCUAUGCCCCUGACCGCAACUGGAAGAGCAAAGAGUGGCCGGACUUCGUGAACAGCUACGCCUCAUGGUGGUCCUCACAUGUCCUGGAUUGGCUCAAGUACGGGAAGCGGCUGCUGGUGGUGCACUAUGAGGAGCUGCGGCGCAGCCUGGUGCCCACACUGAGGGAGAUGGUGGCUUUCCUCAACGUGUCUGUCAGCGAGGAGCGGCUGCUCUGCGUGGAGAACAAUAAAGAGGGCAGCUUCCGGCGGCGUGGCCGGCGCCCACAGGACCCAGAGCCCUUCACCCCCGAGAUGAAGGACUUGAUCAAUGGCUACAUCCGGACAGUGGACCAGGCCCUGCGUGAUCACAACUGGGCAGGGCUGCCCAGGGAGUAUGUGCCCAGAUGAUAGAACCCAGCCCCAGCUGCCUGCCACUGCUGAGAGAGACUGUCACACCAUGGGGGCUCACCACUACUCUGAUGCCCAGGCUGAAGGACCCCUGGGACCCAUGGCUGCUGUACAGUCAGCAGGGAGGCCCACUUGGGUGCUGCCCUACAUGCAGGGAGUCCUGGGCACAAAGUCUGUCCAGACAGACACACCUUAUAAGACAGACAAAAAUGGACACACUGCUAGCCAGACACGUUCUCAGACACACUUAGACAUUACUCCACUCUCACAGUGCCUGUUUUGAUGCGACUAAACCACCCAUGCAGGGUGUGCCAGACACUCCCAGCCUUGCAAAUGCAGCCACAGACGUGUGCAUAGAUGUGCCAGGGUGUGUGCUACCAGAGGCUGUCCAUUUCUCUGUCUCACACACCCACAUGCACACUUGUACAUCCUGGGCUAUAGGAGACCUCAGCUUCCUGUGUGCAGCCCCAGCACAGACUUGCCUGCCACGUCCCUGACUGUGGAAUGCCAGGUUGGGCAGGUAUUAGUGCUCAGAGCAGCAUGGACCAUUGGGAUGGAGGUGGGCAUACAGACCAUUGCUGUUGGGCCAUGUAGACCUGACCACAUGUCUGACAUCCCAUAAAUGUGUGUGCUGUGACUACCAGGCACCCCAAAACUGCACCUCUGCCUUUCUCUUCUCUGUGGGUGGGCUGGCGGCACUGUGGUCAGAGUAGAUCUGCCCCUUUCCCUUUCAGGGUACACACUACCUCAGGACAGCUGCAAUAGCUCCAUGCACAGCCUGCCACCCACUUUCAGCUCACCCAAGUCAGUGCACCUUGGAAUCUUGGAGUGGGGCCCCCUUGCCAGACUUCCCACUGUCUCUGGGGAAGCUGGGGAUUCUUCCUGCCCUGGAAGCAGGGUCUGAGGGUCAGGGGGCAGGGCAGGGCAGGGCUGGACCUCUAAGGGAGCCUGAGACCAAAAGGGUCCAUGUGCCAACAGAAGGGGGAUGGUGGCAAGCAUGGGGAACUUUUGGGGUGUGUCUUGGGAACCCCUAGAAUUGGUUAUCCACAUUUAUUGACUAACUCCUGCUCUCUAUGGUGAUCAUAAGGAAGGUGUGCUAUGUGACCCUUGGGAGAGAGGCUGUGACAUGGCUUCUGCUUAGCCCUCCCUGUCACUUUUCUUCACUCUGACACUUCCUGUCACUGCUGCAUUGUCACUUAGCAUCUUCACCACACCCUCUGUCUGUUUCUGUGAAGCUGACAUUGUUCCUACUUGUUCCUCCAUGUCCUCCAAAAGGAAAGGAAGUCAGACACACUGACGCCUGCUGUGUGCUGUCCACAGGGUAAGAUGGAUGCAGAAGGCUCCCUCUUGCCCCUCCUGCCCAUCUCAUGAUCUAACAGGUCAGAGGAGGGUCUGUCACAAGAAAAGAGAGCACUCUGUCACAGAGCAGCAUGUGUGCUGUGUGGCUCAGAGGGGACUCAGCCCUUGUGCCUGGGGUCUUUGGGAAGUGCCUCAUAGCCACUUUAAAGUGGUCUCGAGGAAUCUGUAGGAAUUAUCCCGACCAAAGAGAAGGGAAGGACUGGCCAGGCAGAGAGAGCAACAGAUACAAAGACUCAGAGGCUGGCGCAACCCUGGCAUGCUGCAUGCGAGAUAGGUGCAUGGUUGAGUGUGGGGUUCCCACGUGUCUCUCCACGUUUGUAGUGGGGAAGGGGGGUGGUGAGGACAGAGGUGGGUCACUCUAUCCUCACAGCCACUCAGUGUUGUGCCCUGCCAGCCUGAGACCAGGACAACUACUGAUGCUAAUGACCUUCAUGGGUCAACCUCUGCUACAUGUUGUGGGCUCAGAGAUCAGGAGAGACUAGUGACUGGGUGCAAGGCAUGGGGUGGUCAAGGUGCAGGCAGGAGUGUGGAGAUUUGGUCACACUCUGGCCCUGGCAGGGAGAGGAUGAUGGGUGGGCCUAAACUCGGGUAGCCCUGUGGCCUAUCCUGGGAAGGCCAUCUGGGAGACCUCUCUCAGCCUAUGCCAAGCUGUAUCAGGAGGAGGUUCAGGAUGAGGAGUUUGGAAGAACUGGGUACUGGAACACCCCAAGCCUUUGUUCUCUGGCCCUGAUCCCUCCCAGUGAGUACAAGAUGGGGUGCAGGGCCCAGGGGAGCUCCCUCCCCAGCUGGCAGGAGCGUCUGGUCCUGGUGGCCUCUAGGUCUUUCUUGAUGUCAGGCUGUACUUGGCCCCCUCUCAGCACCACUCAGUUCAUCUUAAAGCUGGGAACAGCAAGGUCUUUCAUUAUCAGUGCAGAAUGACUCCGUCAGUCUGGUCUGUGAAGGCUCCUCCUGAGGUUGUUUCCCCUGGGUCAGAGGAGCACUUGAGGUCCACUGGAAGUUUCCAUGAUGCCUUGGACGGCAGCCAGGGCAUAUCUACAUUCCAGAGCAAACCUCGAGUCACAAAAGGGAGUAGGCAUAGCAUGGGACUGCUGGGGAAUAGGAAAGAUGGCCUCUACCCAAGAUGGGCUUCCUGACUUGGACUUGGGCCCUCAUGUCCUGGGUCAUCUGGAUGGUUGAAGCCAUGGAGGCUGGGAAGGGCAAAGGUGUAUUGAGAACACUUAAACUGGGCCUUUAGCCAGGGCAUGGCCCUCUAGGUGUCUCCCCCCACCUCAGGUGUCUGGGAAAACAAAAACCCCAGCGGUUUUCCUGGUGGUUGAGUUGGUACAUUCACUGCUGCCACAUGCCUGCCCCGAAGCCUCAUCUCCUUUCAGGUGGCAUGCUACCAGCUCAUACUGCUUUGUGGUACAAUGUGCACCAUAGUUUAGGUAAGUAGAGCAAUGAGGUUCUGGGGCCAUCCAGUUCACAUUGAAUCACUCCACAUAACAAAGCACUGGACACUUGAUAGAUACUUCUGGAUGUUGGAUGAACAAGGAAGCGCAAAGGCCCAGUGGCUGCUGCUGGUCUUCAGCAUCCUUCAUCAUUAACAGGAUGGGGGAUUUGCCCAUCCUUUUGGGAAAGUUCAUUUGACUCCAAGUUAAAUCUUAUCUUCAGCUCAGUAAAGAGGACACCAUCCCAACCAGCCAAGGGUAAAAGACUGACCUGUUUAUUGGGCAGAAGUGUGGCAAAUACAUCGGGAUCCAAUUAGAACAGAAAAGAAAAACCCUGUCUACAGAUUCCAUCUUUAAUAGCAAAGCUAUGGAGUGACACAAACCUGUGUUAAAACAUGUAAUUUUCAUGGAUUUUAUCUCCUGUUGUGGAUCAAUUUGGAAAAACCAAAAUAUAUAAUUUUAAAAAACUAAAACACAUUCUGAUAAUCCCAGUGAUGUGUAAAUGAGGGAGAAGAAUAGACAGAAUCCCAAACCCUGGGAAGAAAGCUGCUUAAUUAUGUGAGCAUCUUAUAAUGAAGCUUCUUGCAGCUAAAAUUAGAUUUUGAGUGCAUGAAUAUGUGAUAAUGUUUGCACAUCAGAAUGCAGUUUUUCCUCUCAAAAGUAGCAAGAGCUAGUUGGCUCUGAGGGGGCCCCAAGAGGGAAGAAGGAAGUGCUGAGGUUGAUCCUUAUGGGGGCAAGAAUCUUUGGCGCUCAGGUUUGUUUUCUUUGAUCUGGAAACUUGGUGGAGGUAUUUGAAAUUCAGUGAUUUCAAGGCAGUUCAUGAGGGUUAGGGAGAAAUCAAUUGGUUUGACCUCAUACUAGUCCUCACUCAAUCUUGGGUGUAUUGGAUGGAACGAGAGUAAAGUGUGAUGGGAAUAGCAGAGAGUCUGUAAUGGCUGGGUGGGGUAGUGGUCUUAGCUCAGCUGCCAUCUUGGACAAGGCCUUUUCCAUCUUUGUUCUCAGCCCCUCACCCACAAACCAAGGGAUGUGGUAUAUAUUGGUUGCAUCGCCAGCAUACCUUCCCCUACUUCCUAAUUUAUGCUGGAAUUUCAUGUGAUCUGGUGGAGUGGCUCUCACCACUUUGGGGGAGGAACACUUGACCUGGGAUAAGCCAACAGUUCAUUCCAUCUCCCUGGCUAAAGAACAGGUCCAAAUAUGACCAUGUGAGUUAAGUCUAUGCAGCUGAAGGGAAUUUUGAGAUGUUUCUGGGAAUGUUGGAUAGCAACUCUUUAAAUGCCCUUGCUGGAUGUGAAAAAGGAAGCUGGUAAUCCUGGGUUGAAAUAGUGCCCAUCUCGGGACCAUGAUGAAUCACACUCAGCUUGAAGCUGGCACCAUAGGAGGGAGAAUCAAGAGGCAAAAAUAAACCAAGUCCUUGGUGUUGCUAUUCAUAUACAAGGUCAAGCCUUGCCUAAGAGUGGGCCCUACCUCUGGACUUUAUUGAUACUUGAUCCAAUAAACUCUUUAUUGUUUAA